GGUGGGGGUAGUCGCCGUCGUCAGUGGGUAGCCGUCGGCGAGAGGUGGCGGUGGUUUUGUACGGUGAAGAAAAGAGGGGUUAAGUGAGCCGUGCCGGGCCGUAGAAGCGAGCUAGCGGUGGCGCGGCCCGUGCUCGUGCCAUAGGGCCUCUGCCAGACAGUAGUGCGUUCGUUUACAAGAUGGCAGACGGUCCGUCCGCGGAAGACGCGGCCACCGACCUCGGGGACGGUGAUUCUCGUUUAACCAGGGACCGACACAAACGUCAGGACGGCCAGUCGGCGACGAUGUUCUCGGGCAUGGGUCAGGACACCGCGAGACGCAUCCACGAAGACGUUCCGUUGCUCGAGAGCCAUCAUCAUCAUCAUCGUCAGCAUCAUCCGCACCAGCAUCGUCCUCCCCGUCGCAAUUGUCACGCGUACGCUCCCCGUCGUCAUCCGACCAACAACAACAAUAACAGCUCGAGUACAAACAACAACAAUCGUUGCGAGAACGGGGAGCACGUCGAGGCGGUGCUGGACGUGAGCGAGCGCGUUAGUAAAAUCGAGAGUGUUCAAAGUGGUGCGGAUACGACGACGCGCGUUCUGCUGUUCGCGUCACCGAUGCGCGAGGAUUACGAGGAAGACGAGGAGGAAGAGGAGGAGGAAGAAGACGACGAUGAAGAGGAAGAGGAGGAAGAGGACGAAGAUAGAUCGUUGGACGGGGACAGUGUUUCGAAGAAGUGUCGCGCGAGUGUUCGUGUCGACGCGGCGAAGAAGAAGCCGACGAGCGCGAAGAGCAAGACCAAGACGAAGAAAACCGAGGGGAGCUGUAAUAGCAAUCACAAUAACGGUGGCAGUGGUGCUGGUGCUGAGGGUGGCGCGUCGCGCGGUGACAAUGCCGCCUCCUCUUCGGCCGACGGUCGGCGCCCGAGGUCCAUGUUCCUCGACGACGACGACGAGGACGACGAGGAGGAUACGUCCAGGAAGUUGACUCGCCUGAGCAAAGACAACAAGCACGGCAAACCGCAGCAGCAGCAACAACAACAACAACAACAGCAAAAAGUCUUGCGGGCCGAACACGGAGACCUGGACGCCGCUCGUAACACGGACAGGAUCGCUAGUGAUGCUAGUGGUGAUGGUGGUGGUAGUAGUGGUAGUAGUGAUGGUGCUGCUGCCGCUGCCGCUGUUUCUGCUUCUGCUUCUGGUGCAGCGGCUGGUGUUACAGCGAACGGCAUGGCCGCGGUCGCCAGGCAUCAUCAGGGCAGCCCUUUCAAGGGACAGGUUAGGACCGCCGAGGACACCCUGGUCGGACCCUACGGCAAGAAACGGUGCGCCGAUCGAUACGACAGCUCCGAGAGUUCCGACAGUGGCGUGGCAAUUUCCUGCGGGGAGUGUAGCAGCAGCGGCACCAGCGAUAUCACCGAGCCUGGUUCGCCUUGUAGCACGAGUAGCGACGAGGGGGUAGCGAUACGUGGCGCGUCGGCCAGUCCACUUCCGUCCCUACCCAAGCUGGCGCCUUCGUCGCAGAUUGGUACCAGGCCCCAGUGGCCCUGGACCCCGCCGUUGGCGGCCACCGCAUGUUCGACCUACAAGAGGCUCAAGGGCGAGCCCGAGGCUGGUGCCGUCCCGAGGUCCGGGGCCGCGGAUCCCAGCUUCCGAGGGAUCAGCAAGUCGAGCAUCACCAAACCGAAUGCCGGACAUCAUCAUCAUGAGACCCAAGGGAAGAUCACCGAGUACUUUAAAACCCAGGUCAAACCACAACAGCUCAAGAUCAAAAAGAGCAGCGAGGCGAUGUCGGUGCUGGUUGCGAAAAGCUCGUCGGAAUUCAGGAGGCCACCCACGGUGCAAAGGAACAAGGGAGGACUGGCAAAGUACUUGGGCACCAUCUCGCCGAACGGACGGAACGCUUCUAGCAACGACUGGGAAGUGCGAACAUUAACGAUGUCGCCGCCGCCAACGAAAAAGACGCCGCCGGUAAUCGCGCCAAGGACCAAUGGUAAGAUGGACAAGAAGUUACCAAAACCGGUGCCCAGUUUGCCCAUCUCUAAUGACGUAUUGAAGAAUAUACCGAGCUGCAAGAUAUCGUCGAUGAGGUUGACAUCCUCCGCAGAGGCGAGCCCGACCACGAAGACGGUGUCCCAGCAGUCGACGCCGACCCCGUCGGCGACCACCGAGGCGACGCCGCUCGACUUCAAGGGCUGCAUCCUCUCGAAACCCCACGUGAACGAGAACAACAACCUGACGAACGGUUGCGCCGGGAUCUUGGGCUCAUUGAGGUCACAGGGUACUCAGGAUCUGCUGUCGAGGCUGCAGGCGCCUGAGGACACCGAGGCAAAGGCGACCCAGGUCAGCCCGGCGGACGAGGACGACGACGUGGAGGAAGAAGAGGACUCCCGAAGCAGCGAAUCGAGGAGCAGCGAAUCGAGGAGCAGCGAGUCAAGAAGCUGCGAGUCCAAGCCUCCGCUCUCUCCCAUUCUAUCUGCGCCAACUACCAUACGGUUUCCGGCCAGGGAACCUGAAAAAGACAGGCAGCAGACGACCGACAGCGGAGUCUGUCGGUGGGACAAGUGCGAGGAGAGCUUCGAGUCCAGCUCGGGUCUUCUUGAACAUUUGCAGGCGGCACACAUUAACACGCAGACGGGCGGUGACAAUUUCGUCUGCCAGUGGCAGGGCUGCAAGGUGCAAGGGAGGAGUUCCUGCUCAAGACGGUGGUUGGAGCGGCACGUGUUGUCCCACGGCGGCAACAAGCCGUUCCGGUGCAUCGUCGACGGCUGCGGCAGCAGAUUCAGCUCUCAGACCGCUCUCGAGAGGCACGUCAACGGCCACUUCAAUCAGCCGGAGACCAGCAACAACUCCGGGAGGCGCAGCUGCGAGAGCGGCGGCAAGCUCGUCAGAAGAAACGGGAAAAGGCUCAGAUAUAGGCGACAACCUUGGUCGGCGAGACUGUUCGACUACUUCGACUCGGGAGUGAUGGAAGGUCUCCAGCACAGGUUACUGCAGAUGGCGAAAUCGAGGACGCAAGGUCGCCUCGCCGAGACACCAGGAAACUCGAUGGCCCUAACUAGUCAAGUUUUAGCUCGAAGAGUGGAAUUGGACGGCAAGACUAAAGUGCUGUUGCGGUGGUACCCUCCAGACAUCGAGCCGGACGAGUGGGUGCUCGAGUCCGAGGUCCGGACCACGAAGAACGUGGCGAUACGGAAGGUGGCAGAUGCGAACCCGGAAGAGGUCGGCGUGGCCCUGUACUCGGCGAUAAGCGGCGGCGCGCCGCCAACGGCGCGGACGAAGCAGCGCCGGAAACCGGUCAAGAACUCGUGAUAAUGCCGGCCACGAUGAUCGAGGACAAGUGUGACGAAGCAGCGAGACGAGUAAGCCAGAAUUAGGGACGAGUCCUGCAUCAGGGCGAUUGUGCUUCCUGGUCUGUGUAAAGGAGGGGAGCCUGGCGAGGGAUCCGGAGCCUGAACGUGUCCAGAGGAACGACCGGAGUUAGACGUGUUCCGUUUGCGUGGGAGAGACGAAGGGGAGACGGGAGACAGACAGAAAGAUCAGGAGCGAUCGGCGAAGGGAGAGUGAACGGAUCGGCAGACGAAUCCAAGACGAAGACUACAGAAGACACAGAUCGGAGAGGGGAUACACACGGGUCCGCGACGAGUCGUUUGAGCGGUCGCGGAUCGGAUCGGAUCGGGACGAAACGUUGAAGGGGCGAAUGAAACGGCGAACAGAAAAGAGCGCAGACUUCCCGGACGACGGAAGGAGGAACAAUACAUUCUAAUUUAUUUAGCCUAAAUCCAUCGGGAUGGUCGUUAGGUAAAUAAUAUAGUAGUCGUGGAUAGCGAUGAAGAGAAAAAAAAAGGAUAUUCUUGUUGCCUAUCGAUAUUGAAAAUCUCCAUACGUUUGGGGUCGAUUCCUGCCUGCGUGUCCGCGGGUCGCCCGUUUCGAUCGUGGCGGAAACGGCGUUCGUCGGGCCCCGAAGAGGUAGGUGGGCUUGGGCCUCGAAAGUGCCUCUCACCGUGGAUACGUUUUAUAUCAUUGACCGCCGUGCAAGACCAAUGAUCGAAGACGGCGGACAGUUGAAUUUAAUAAUGGAAUUUAAGGAGCAGAGGGUGUACCGCAAAACAUAAAAGCACGUUGUAGAAGAGCACGAAGAAGAACCGCAGAGACACUGCGACGGAGAUUUUACUACGAAGGAGAUAAGAGAAGCGAACAAAAGAAUUAAGAAAAAAAAAACAAACUGUUAAACGUUAGUUAACGCGUCGUGUAAGGAGAUAAUCACUCUGGUGGCCUUAGGAAUCAAUUAAUAUCUAGAUGCGGCCCCUUGGCGCUUCCGGGUCCUGUUUAAACUACUCCGUGACAGAAGCCAGAAGAUAAGGGGCGACGAUGGGGGGGUGCGUGAAACGGGAAACAUUUUCGACUCAUCCUAGACCCUCGAGACCAACUUACGAAAGGAGAUGCAUCUACCUCGAUCUUCGGCUCGGUAGAAAUUUCCGCUGGCCGUUGUCGCGCGCGCGACAGGGGGAACACUAGGAAAGGAACAAGCACUCUGCAUCACUCUGUUUCGAAGAAUAAACAGAAAUAGAGGCACGAUUAGGCUCGUCACCCGAUAUAUCGAGAAUCUCGGCAGAAGAGGACCGCUCGGACGACCAGCCAACGAGAUUUCUAUCGAGGUAUAUCCGUAUUAGUUAUUUUGGAGAGAAGGAGGGUGUACAAAACGAGUGAAAAACAAACGGAAUAACGAAGCUCCGCCUAUUUUUUACGAUCCACGCGCAGAAAAGCGAACGACCGUUCGACGAUAACCUUGUUUCUUUCCAUUUACCCCCCCGUCUCUCGUUGUUAUCUAUCGAGGCGGCGUCCCGAGAUGUCGUCGCCGAAGCAGGAAUACAAUAUCUCCAGAUCGAGUUUUUCGACCAGCAGCAACCGUUUUUUUCAUUUUCGCCAUCGUUCUCAUCGAGUUACCGAGAAGAUCGACACACCGACACUGCCUCAGUUCGAAGCAUCCGCGCGACGAACAUCACUCGCUCGAUUCAGAGACGAGACAGCACAAGCGAGUCCGGGAUCGGAAGCGGAUCGGAAGCGAAUGUUUUGCUCUCUGUACAGGGGGAUAAAGAAACAAGAUGGCUGUGCGACAUUUUCCACGGAGUUACUGCACGGGGGAUCUAUGCGAAAACUAGAAGAAAGAUGCAGACAAAGGAGGAGGAGAAGAAGAGAAGGAGGAGGAGGAGGAAGAAAAUGGAGAAUGAAGAUUCUGACCGACAAAGAGGAAGAAGGAGGACAGGAGGGUAGACCCGCGCGCAGAAGACGCGCUAUUUUCAUAGAUCAGUAGACAGGACCGAGAGAACGUAGGAGUAUUAUGCUACUCUAACUUCUGACAUCGUGGAACAAUGUGAUCGCGCACAUGUACACAUAUAUAUUCUAGUGGAUACGAAAACACAAAAAAAAAAUAAUGAACACUUGUAAAUUAAGAGAAGAGAGAAAGCGAGAAACGGUUAGAGGAUACGUGUUGCCGAUGACGUGUUGUGUGGCUAAGCACGGCGAGAGAAUGUGUACAGAGAUAGGGAGCGAAAGAGAGGGAGAGAGAGAGAGAGAGAGAGAGAGCGAGCGCGAGCGAGUGAGUGUGAAAGAGAAAUAGUUGGAACACACACGGACGGAAACACACCUUCACACACCAGCUGAGAAACACUGCCAAUACGAUUGUAAUUAAGAACUCUAGGCUAAUUGAUCGAUUAAUUAUUCUUAUUAUUAUUAUUACGAUUAUACGUGUAAUCCGAUAGAUCUCUAGCUGCCGCGGACGUACGAGAGGCGCGCGCGUCCCGCUCGCCACCGUCAACACUUCAUUUUGUAAACCCGCGUGUACAUACUUAGUCGAAAUUAUUGAUGCAUCGCCCCCCGACGGCGAUCAGCCUAUCAGCUUGCGACUUCAAGCGGAGGAAUGAUUGUUCUUUUUAAUCCGGAAGCCACUCGUGUUCGAGGAAACGAUGUUCGCGCCAGCAUUCACAUGAAACACCGGACAACGCUUUCUUUCAUGCAGGAUCGUCUUAGAAGUCCCGUCAAUUCCUUUUUUUUCUUAAUUAACGAACGAGUUCGUAGAGAAUUGUACUUUCAAUAAGAAAGUUGAUCAUUCGCUGAGCUUUCAAGUGACUAUUUUAUUUGUAAUUUCGUAGCACCUGAAGCUUAACGCAGUACCCACCGAUCACUUUUCACAGCUUCACACAGCCAGGUUCUUAAUGAACUUUACCGUACCAUGUAAUUUCCGAAGUGUUCUAUCGAUUCCGAAGUGUUCAAUCGUUCCCGAAGUGUUCAGUCAUUUCCGACGGAGAUUCUAGUGUUCAGCUUUCGUCCAGAGCUUUCUGUGAAUGGUGCCGCGAGAGCCGCGAGGACCCGUGUGAUUUUCGGGAUCGAAUCGAACGACGCGGACAUUCAGAGAGAAAGACAAAGACAAAGAUCAAACAAGAACGCGUCACUGCCAAAAAUCGCGCACUGCCACCCACAAUCGACAAGCCUUAUAUUUCACCGCCACAUCGAUCCGCGUCGAUCGUUUUCGAUCCAGCAAACUCGCGGGCCAUCCUCGCGAUCGUUGUUCGCAUCGAUCCCCCUCACAUCGUCGAGACACACCACCGCCUACUGCCAACCACCGACGUCGACGGACGCGAACCAAGGCACUGCCAUCGAAGCAAAACAGAGAACAGACGUGAAAAGACAUAUAUAUACAUAUAUAUAUACAUGGUCCUGAAUGUGUAUGUAUAUUUAUAGCCGUAUCUUUCUGUGUAUACGCGCGAUCAUCCCCCGUUCUCAGGCGCGCGACCGAUCGAUUUUCCAUUCUCCCGCGCUUUUCACUGCCGCGUUUUCCUCUUUUCACACCCGUCGCCGUGACACGAUUAUUUUCCUCGUUAACGCGACACGGUCGUCCCCUCUUUUACGCGCCGCCUCCCCUCUCUCCCCCUGUCCCCGUGUCUCAUUCCGUUUUUUGGCAUGUACCCUCGGUGCCAUAAUGUCGUCACGCUAAGUUCCUCCGCGGUUCGUUCGCCGGUUCUCUUCAUUCAUCGGUCCUUUAAACUCGUGGCGCGAUCGCGAUCGCCGUUUCCCUCUCGGUCCACUCUCGUCGCGUUUCUUCGGAUCGGAAAGUUGUUCUUAUCACGGCUGGGACCAAUCUCGCGCGUAUCCGUUCCUCGGCGAGGAUUCAGAGUUCAGAGUUUCCCCGGAGAUAUAGUCUAUACGAUCGCUAGGAUCAUCGAAGCUGCGUUUUCAUCGGAUAGAAAAGCAAUCGAACGAUUCGUCGGCGCAACGUUCGCACGAUUCACGGGGGUGGAACGGCGGGGAAGACUGUCGGCCACACAGUCGCGCUUGAUCUCUCGUGGUAAUUUAACCUCGGCGUGAAAUACUUCGGCGCGGAAACGCCCGCCCCAAAUUUUCUCUAGAAACGUCGCGUCGCCUAGAUCAUCGGUUAGACAUUUUUCCAGUUAGUAUUUAAUUCGAGUACGCUCGGAAUUCGUUUUCGUACAUUCGUGUCGGACGUUCGACGAGGAAAAUCCUGUUCCGCGACCGCGAAAAGAGGCAAACCAUCUGGACAGACAGGAGGGGAGGGGGGCUGGGGGACGAUCGCGCGUCCCAGGAUUUACCGUUCGACUCGAGACCGAUUUCACCCGUACGCUUCUCCUCCCCAAGACGACCGCGCGUAGAUAUAUUCCCCGUUUCGUAACCAUCCCUCCGGCCCCCUUUCCUUUCAUUUCAUUUUUUUUUUAUAUCGAGGGUUUUUUCGUGUUAUACUGACUUUUACCCGCGCGACUUUGUAGCUGUAAAUGUAUAUUUUAGCGAGGCGUUGUAAAGAUUUUGCGUAAGAUAAGGUGUAGAUAAUCGCCGGGCUGUCCGGGGAGGCUCGCCGCGAGUGGACUCCCCGGCGGCCGACGCUGCGUUUGUACAUGUGUAAAACGUGUGAACGAUACGAAGAGUGACGCUGCGCGAGGGGAAGAGAAAGAGAGAGAGAGAGUGAGAGAGAGAGAGAGGGGCGCGGGGUGCACGCUGUAAAUAAGAGACGCGAUCGAUAGAACGAGCCAAGUAUCGGGCAUCGGUUGAUCAGUUUAUUUCGACGAAGCGUUUCCUCGAAUGUCUGACGUGUCUGUACAGUAUCGCGGACUAAAAGUUUUCGUCGCGAACGAAAUUCGCCGGAGCUUGGACCGCGCCGCUGAAACUCGCGGGAAUCGCGCGGAACGAUCGAGAAACGAGGCCAGGUGUGGACACCGUAUUUUUGCAAAUCUAGAGAAAAAAGGACACGUUAGAUGAACGCGGGAACCGAUUAAACGGUAGGAGGGGAUUAUAUCGUCGGAAAUUCCUCCCUCUCUCUCUCUCUCUCCCUCACUCUCCGCGCUGAUUCAUUGUCGGCUCGACUGUCGCGUUCCCUUUGACUGUGUUCGAAAGCACGAGCAAAUCAUCAUCCCCUUCUCUUUUGAAGCGUCGCGACGCCAGCGAGAUCGUUUUACCGAAAUCCGGUUUCAACGUAGAAAACCGGCGUUGGCGAUCGAUCAUUCUCCUUCCACGAAGGCCGACGAUUGCUCGGAGAGAAUUCCCGCCAUCGACCCGGCCAUCGAUCCGCCCUCGAGUACGAGCUUUCCCGUCGGAAGCCCCAUUGUUCGAUUUUCCGCGAUUCAGAAAGUUCCCCGCGUUGUUUUCACCCGCGCGCGCGCUCGAGACAGCGGGACACUCGUCAGCUAUAAAUACGGUCUAACGCGUCGCCAACUAUCGAGACCUGCGAAUAGAAACGUACUCAAGGGUUAAAUCGAUCCGGCUCGAGACGCUCGACGUGCCAGCGGCGACGGAACGAGAAGCCGCGCGCGAUCCGCAGACCAAUCGAUCGAUAUUCUCGCCCACCGUUCUUCAAAUUCUCGUCAACCGAGGUGAAUUCGCGCAGACAAAGGAUCACCUCGCGACCUCCGCGACCCUUCGGUUCCCGUCCCGCUGGCAGUCCCGAGCCGCGCGGGCGAGUCCUUCGUAACCGCGUUCUGCGAUCGGUCGAGGAGAAGAUGGAAGAGCGAAGCGCCGAUCAACCGGUCGCUCGGCGGCUUUCCGGUUUUCACGGCUCUCGGAGAACGCCCGGCGUCGUUCGUCGCGCAGCGAGACAUGACUUGUAAAUGUACAAAGAGUAUAAACGAAAAUAAACGUAGUGGACUUGGAUGACUGGGUUUCCGGGGGACGGGGUUGACACGGUGCGCGCGGCAUAUGGGACGAAAAAUUCUAUUUUUCGAAGUUGCCCUGGUCCGCGGGGAUCGGUCGAAACCGGUAGGAAAUGUAAAUACAAUGCCCGGGACGCGGCGCGGCUCGGCUUUUCCUCGGGCGCCGCGCCCGGCUAGCGUACGGUGGAUAUAGUGUUUGCAUUUAUUAUAAAGUCUAUGUAAAGCGUGUGACGAGGGCAGCGGUCGUGACGACUGGUUCCCGACCGAUCUUUUCGAUGAAGAUCGCCGGACGUGUUUCCGGCCGCGCCGGUGCCGCGAAAUCGUGAUUGGAUCGGCGACGAUUUUCCCCGACCGGUGACGUUAUCGUUCUCGCGUUUUCCUCUGCUCUCGAAUGUCCGUCACGAGCGCUGCGGAGUCGCCCUCUGUUUAGAGAAAGGAUGGCUUGCCUCUUGCAUAAAACAAGUAGAGAAAUAGAUCGCAUAGUUUCAGGUAAUACGAGUUCUAGGCUGUAGCGAUCGCUCGUCGUCGCCUCGACUCGCGCGCGUUUCGAGAGUUCGAUGGAAAACACAGCCCGACGUGGAAAACAAACGUCGUCGCGGAGAGGAGAGGGGAAACGUGCACGCGCGUCGAACACAUCCGACCGAGUUUCCCCGAUCGGGAAUCGGUGAACAAUCGGAAAGCAGAGCGCUCUUUCACCAGUGAAAACUGGAAAGCCCACCUCCUGCCGUUUUUUUUUAACCCGAGAGCGUUCGUCGCGUGACGCGUCAAACUCGAUCGCUUGCUUCUUCGCCGACCUAUUUUUCGAGCGAUCCCGAGGAUGUGGCAGCGCAAUCUGUGAUUAACCUCAUCAAGGAUACCGUCGCGGCCGGGUAAUCUCGUUCGCGUUUGACAUUAACACGUUAACUACCGCGUCCAUCGGACACGGGUGACACGAUUCGGCUGUAAAACCCGAGACCAGCAGGGUCAGCAAGGGCUGCGGCUUUCUAAUUUCGUUUUCGUUCUUUUUCUUUUUUUUUCUUUUAACGACUACCCUGAUUUCAGUCUUCGGAAUUGCUUCCAGCCUUCUUCACUCUCCACCUUCUCCAUGCUUCUUUAAAUUGUCGCACUUUUCCUUCUUCUUCUUCUUUGUCUUCCCGGCUUCCUCUCCCCGACGCUUUAGCUACCAGCAACUUAUUAAUAGACUCCCUAAAGACUGCGCUAUAGUAGCUUAACGCCUAACUUCCUUUCUAAGGAUAAUCUCCGGACAAUUUCGUCGCUCGAUUAGGGCAGUGCCGCCGGUUACUAUAGAGUGACAAAUCGCUGUACCUUUGGUUUGUUUUUAGUUGUUAUUAUCCCUAUAUUUAACGAGUAAGACGUAUUCAAUUUCGUUGUUCUUUUAUUUCGCUAAUUUUUCCAUACAAAAGAUUACCUCGCAGUAUUAACACUUAGCCAAUCGAAUUGGGGAGAUCUCUCCGUUUUAAAUUCGGUCGAUUGAUGAUAAUUUUAUUGAGAUUCGCAAGAGAUACGAAUGCUGAGUAAGUAAUUGAUGCCAUAUAAGUUUGCUUUGUAAUUUUUGUUUCAAUCAAUGAAAUAUUUGAAUUUUAUGAUAAUUUUUGAUUAGUUUCUAGCGCGGUCUUGGAAGUAUUAAAAUUAUUCGACAAUUGAGUAAAAAACUACGCUAAAGUAAUCGGCUCCACUAACUCUAUUUGUCUUUGGUUUUCGAGCCGUUGAAUAUGUUCCCUUGGACCCCUUUGACGCGACAAACUUAUAACUUCGUUAGAAUCGGCGUACAUUCGGUUACAAAAGGACUGACGAAAGAUUCGACUGUUCGAGCGUGAAUCUCGAAAUCGAUAGAAACCAAGAAAUCAGUUCCGUAAUUUAAGCAUUAUCUCGUCCCGUUGUUUGCGCUGCCACGUCGCUCCUGGCAGUGAGAAAUGCCACAGCUUCGCACUGCCAAACGGAGAAGGAAAAAUGGGAGCUCGCGUUCGUCUCGCGUUCUGGAUCGAUCUUGCGAGCGAUCGUCGGAAGCACCGCGGUGUUCAUUGAUCCACAGUAGUGGUACGCUCCACGGAGGACUAAAUAAGAAACGAGAAAAACGGAAAUGCGUAAAAAAAAUAAGUGGUACUACCUAGGCGAGAAAGCGUACGCGGAGAUUUUUUUAACGAGAACCCUUGUCGAGCGUUGACUCGGAGGAGAAAGAAAAAAUACAAGCGUCGGACAGUGCUUUGGACUUUUUCGAUACUUUCAUGUACAAAACACGAACGAUUUAUAGCUCAAUGAGAACAUUAAAGAGACAGAUAUUGUAAGAGAGUAAUAAUAAUUUCACGGUUACGAUAUCGUA